AUGUUCCGUGGAGUUGCGUCUCUUGCUAGACUUGGAAACAAGGCGUUUUUGCCUACGGCGCAAAGGCUUCCCGUUUCCCGCGGCUUUGCAACUUCGUUGGCCAGAACAAAAGAGUUGACGUCUGUGCCAAAAACCUAUGAGGAAGAAAAGGUGAUCAUCGACGAAAUCAACGCUUCGUUGAGCGAAAAGGACUUGUCUGGUGCCACGAGAUUGAGAAACAUUGGUAUUUCGGCGCACAUUGACUCGGGCAAAACCACCUUCACCGAACGUGUUUUGUUCUACACUGGAAGAAUCAAGGCCAUCCAUGAAGUGAGAGGAAGAGACUCCGUGGGUGCCAAGAUGGACCACAUGGACUUGGAAAGAGAAAAAGGUAUCACCAUUCAGUCGGCAGCUACUUACUGCUCGUGGGAAAAGGACAACAAGGACUACCACUUCAACUUGAUUGACACUCCGGGCCAUAUUGACUUCACCAUUGAAGUCGAGAGAGCUUUGCGUGUUUUGGACGGUGCCGUGCUUGUUGUUUGUGCUGUAAGUGGUGUGCAAUCGCAGACUGUCACUGUCGACAGACAAAUGCGCCGUUACAAUGUUCCAAGAGUGACUUUCAUCAACAAGAUGGACCGUAUGGGUGCUGAUCCUUUUCGUGCCAUUGAGCAGAUCAACCAGAAGUUGAGAACACCUGCUGCUGCCAUCCAGGUCCCUAUUGGAGCUGAGGCCGACUUGAAGGGUGUGGUGAACAUUAUUGACCGUGUUGCCAUCUACAAUGAAGGUUCGCAAGGUGAGGAGUUGAGAAUCACCGAGGAGAUUCCAGAAAACUUGGUGGACUUGGUUGAAGAGAAGAGAGCUCUUUUGAUUGAAACUUUGGCCGACGUGGAUGAGGAAAUGGCUGACCUUUACUUGGAAGGUGAAGAGCCUUCCGUGGAGCAGAUUAAGAGUGCCAUCAGAAGAGCCACCAUCGGCAGAAAAUUCACCCCUGUUUUGAUGGGCUCUGCGUUGGCCAACAAAGGUGUUCAGCCUGUGUUGGAUGCUGUGGUGGACUACUUGCCCCAACCAAAUGAGAUUUUGAACACAGGUCUUGAACUUGUUGGAAACGAAGAGAGACCAACCACCUUGGUUCCAUCGUCGACUGAACCAUUUGUCGGUUUGGCUUUCAAGUUGGAGGAAGGAAAAUACGGCCAGUUGACUUACAUUCGUGUUUACCAGGGUAAGUUGAAGAAAGGUGCAUACAUGAACCACGUUAAGACAGGCAAGAAGGUUAAGGUUUCAAGAUUGGUAAGAAUGCACUCGAACGAGAUGGAGGAUGUCGAAGAAGUUGGCGCCGGAGAAAUCUGUGCCACUUUCGGUAUCGACUGUGCUUCGGGCGACACUUUUAUUGGCCACAAUGCCGACAAGCAAAUUGCCAUGUCGUCGAUGUUUGUUCCAGACGCUGUCAUUUCGUUGUCGAUCGAACCCAAGACAAAAGACAGUGGAAACUUCUCCAAGGCCAUGAAUAGAUUCCAAAAGGAAGACCCUACCUUCCGUGUGAGAUUCGACCCCGAGUCAAAGGAAACUGUUAUUUCCGGUAUGGGCGAGUUGCACUUGGAAAUCUACGUGGAAAGAAUGAAGAGAGAAUAUGGCGUGGAGUGUGUGACAGGAAAGCCUCAAGUGGCUUACCGUGAAACUAUCACCGUCCCAGCUGAGUUCGACUACACCCACAAGAAACAGUCUGGUGGAGCAGGUCAGUUUGGUCGUGUUAUCGGAGAGUUCAAACCUAUUGAAGGUGAAAACAAAUUUACCCAGCACGUUGUUGGAGGUAAGAUUUCGGAAAAGUACUUGUUUGCAUGUCAAAAGGGUUUCGAGGACUCUUUGGAAAAGGGUCCUAUGAUUGGCCACAAGGUGUUGGGUGUCCACAUGCACAUUAAUGAUGGUCAGUCGCACAUGGUGGACUCUUCGGAAUUGUCUUUCCGUCUUGCUACACACGGAGCUUUCAAGCAAGCUUUUAUGAAGGCUAACCCGGUCAUUUUGGAACCGGUGAUGCUGGUGGAAGUCAGUGCACCAAACGAGUUCCAGGGACCUGUGGUUGGAUUGAUCAACAAGCUUGGAGGUAUGAUUAUGGAAACCGUUAACGGACAAGAUGAGUUUACCGUGAAUGCCGAGUGUACAUUGAACUCGAUGUUUGGCUUUUCUACAUCUUUGAGAGCGUGUACUCAGGGCAAGGGCGAGUUUUCGUUGGAGUUUUUGAAGUACGCCCAAACUUCUCCACAGUUGCAGAAGCAGUUGAUCGAGGAGGCACAAAAGAAGAAAAAGUAA